AUGACUUUAUUGACUGAUGUUUCUCUGCAAGAAUUUGUUUCAGACAGAUGGGUGUGGCUGCCAGACCCUGGUGAGGGUUACUCAGUUCGCGGUUCUUAUCUAUUGUUGACUACAAAGGACAUUCCUCUUGCGGAUCAUGCAGCAUCUUUGAUUUGGCAAAACCAGGUGCCGUCGUUGAAGGUCUCUAUAUUUGCUUGGAGGUUGCUUCGUGAUAGAUUGCCUACUAAAGUGAAUUUGGUCCAAAGAAGGGUGCUAGACACAGAUGCUUCUAUGUGUGUUUCAGAUUGUGGCUUUUGUGAAACGGCGCAACAUUUAUUUUUAUCAUGUGAUACCUUUUCAUCUUUAUGGCCGCUUGUGCGCCAUUGGCUGGGUAUUAUAGGUGUUGACACCAAUGUAGUACUAGAUCAUUUUCUUCAAUUUGUGAACUUGACAGGUGGUGGUAAAGCAACUCGAGCCUUCCUUCAGCUUAUUUGGCUUUUGUGCGUUUGGGUUUUAUGGAACGAGUGUAAUAAUAGGUUCUUCAAUAAUGUUGUCACUUCUAUGCCCAGUGAUUCCUUUGACGCACCUUAUGCUAGAGGAGUUGCUUUUGAUGAUUAA